AAGUCCGAUUGGAUAAUGUAACAAAACUUUUCGUUAUAAAAAAGGGUGUCAUAUCUUUCAAGUGUGAGGUACACAAAAAAAGGCUAAGCUAUCAUAGCUAAUAGCUUUUGUGUAAACUUUCAAGUGCAAUAUAUAGUUGCAUUUUUUCAAGAGCUGAAGAGGCAAUUUCUCUGAGCUGUUGAGAAUCCAUUAAUGGCGGCUUUAAGCAGAUUGUUGAAGAGAUCAAGAUACUGUAAUAGUAAUGUUGAUUUCAUCACCAGAUUCUUCUCUACUCAGCCUUUAGUUCAUACUCCCAAAUUACAACUUCCUGUUACUAACAUCAAGACUCAAGUUUCUCAACUAAUUGGAAAAACACCAAUGGUUUAUCUUAACAAAGUGACAGAAGGAUGUGGAGCUCACAUAGCUGUGAAACAAGAGAUGUUUCAACCUACUUCUAGCAUCAAAGACAGACCAGCAUUGGCGAUGAUCAAUGAUGCAGAAAAGAAAGGCUUAAUAUCACCUGAAAAGACGACAUUGAUUGAGCCAACAUCGGGAAAUAUGGGGAUCAGCAUGGCAUUUAUGGCAGCAAUGAAAGGCUACAAAAUGGUUUUGACAAUGCCCUCAUACACAAGCUUGGAGAGGAGAGUGACAAUGAGAGCAUUUGGAGCUGAUUUAGUCCUCACUGAUCCAACCAAAGGAAUGGGAGGCACUGUUAAGAAAGCUUAUGGCCUUUUGGAAUCUACACCUAAUGCUUUCAUGCUUCAGCAGUUUUCUAAUCCUGCAAACACUCAGAUUCAUUUUGAGACGACUGGUCCUGAGAUAUGGGAAGAAACUCAGGGUAAUGUUGACAUAUUUGUCAUGGGAAUAGGAAGUGGAGGCACUGUCUCUGGUGUUGGACAAUAUCUGAAAUCCAAAAAUCCUAAUGUCAAGAUAUAUGGAAUUGAGCCAACUGAAAGCAAUGUACUAAAUGGUGGAAAACCAGGUCCUCAUCACAUAACAGGGAACGGGGUUGGAUUCAAGCCAGAUAUCCUGGACAUGGAUAUAAUGGAGGAAGUUAUGAUGGUUUCUAGUGAAGACGCCGUAAACAUGGCUAGGGAGUUGGCAGUCAAGGAAGGGCUCAUGGUUGGAAUAUCGUCGGGAGCUAAUACAGUAGCAGCUCUUCAACUUGCUCAAAAACCAGAAAACAAAGGCAAACUCAUAGUGACUAUACAUGCAAGUUUUGGAGAGAGGUACCUCUCAUCGGUUCUGUAUCAAGAUCUGAGGAAAGAGGCCGAGAAUAUGCAACCUGUUUCAGUUGAUUAAUGUUGCAAUUUUACUUAUGAUGAUUAUAUAUAGUUGAAGGCUCUGCAAGAAAAAUGUAUUAUUUUUCUAAAUAAUGUUUAUGCUUGUAAAUUUUUGAUGAUUCACCUUUCUGAAUCCUGCUUAUGCUCUGCUCUUGUUGUUUC